AUGAAUCCAUUUGAAAAGCACGCAGGGCGAGUGUCGCCAAUAAAAAGCAAAGGCGGGAUAUUCAACAUGGAGAGAUUUCUUGGAAUUGGUGGUGAUGAGUUCUUUCAGGAUAAGAAUGCUCCAGCGCCAUUGAGCAACGAUCCGCAGAAAUCUUACACUCAUUCACCCACCGGAUUAAGAGUUGAGCAGAAUGAGCAGGUUAAGCAAGGUGACGGCAAUAUCAGGCUUAGUGACGGCGAUAACAGCGACAGCAACAUCAACAGCAACAGUGAUAGCAACAGUGAUAGCAGCAGCAGCAGUGAUAACAGCAGCCUCGAUACUAACAAAGUGGAGGGUUUGAAACGGCUCCUAGACAAGAGAAGAUCAGCUUCGGUUGCUUCCCCAACCAUCAAAACUAGCAAUCUCAACACUAGCCCUAUCAGGCACACACAAACAAGACCUAAAACCCGGGUAUCACCAACGCCGCCACCUAAUCGACCAACGGCUAUCCAAACAAGCUCAAACAAGCGCAGUAGACUAUCGAAAGAAUCCGGAAAGGGUUACAAUAUUGACAAAGAAGUCUAUGGAAGGAAGGAUAACUUCAACGUCAAUGACCCUUUUUAUCAGAAGGCUUUUAGAGCUAAUCUGGUGCUGGAGGAUAUUGACCAAGAUUACAAACCAGCAAGUAAACAAGCGCGUAAUACUGCUGCUGUAAAAAAAAGGAAAACCGGCGUGAAGAGCCCCCGUAAAAGUAGUUUUAGGGGUGGCAGGGGUGGUGGCAAAACUGGUGGUAGCGCAACAUUUAAAAACGAAAUCAACGAAAUCGUUUCAUCUGAUAAAGCACCCAAACAGAGUAAUGUAAUUUUUAGACCUGACUCAGAUAGACGGCGUAGAAGGACUAAUUUAGUUACCAGACGUGACUCAAACAUAUCUAAUAAGUCAAACAAGAUUACGAACAGUGGCUUAGUUGGUAGACGUGAUUCUGAUCCAUCUGAAAAAGUACUUAAAACUAACGCAAUUGCUAGACAUGGUUCAGUCGCCUCAGAUAAAGCACACAUAAGUAAUAUGAGUGAAUCACUUUCUAGGCGUGACUCAGUUGCAUCAGAUAAGCAGCUUAGAAGUAGCAUCUCUCCACUUUACUCAGACGUAUCAGAAAAAACCCGUAGAAGUAGCAUCUCUAGGCCAGACUCGGAUGUCUCAGAAAACCCACUAAGAAGUAGUGCAAAGCCUAAAUCUAAAGCAUUUAAAUCGCACCGUCAAAUUAGCUUGUCAGACAGUGACUCAGAUGUACCAGAUAUAUCAAGAAGUAACAAAGCGAAACUUAAAUCAGAUGAAUCAGACAAACCACGCAAAAGUAGUGACGCUUUUGGUAGACGGUCUGAAAAGCCGCGUAUAAAUAGGAUACCUCCAAGUGACUCAGAAGCCUCAUAUUAUUCACGUCAAAGUAGUAUUGCCAGACGUGAAUCAGAUGUAUCAGACAAACAACGUAAAAGUGGAUUCGAAAAAGGUGAUUAUAGCAAAUCUAAGAAGCCACGGAUAAGUAAAUUUCCUAACAGCGAUUCAGAUGCAUCAGAUAAGGCAAAAAAAAGUAGCAACCACAUUGACACCUCUUAG